UUCCAUACCAUAUACUUGGGUAUCCGGAGUCGACGGAGUGGAGAGAAUGACAGAUGGCGGUUUUAUUGGAAAAUGGUGUAUGAGUAUGCAGAUGUGAGUAUGCUGCAUUUGCUAGCCACGUUUCUGGAAAGCGCACCCCAGCUGGUCCUGCAGCUCUGUAUUGUUGUACAGACUCGUACACUCCAAGCUCUCCAAGGUCUUACAGCUGCAGCAUCUCUUGUAUCCCUGGCUUGGGCUUUGGCCUCCUACCAAAAGGCCCUCCGUGACUCCCACGAUGACAAGAAACCCAUCAGCUAUAUGGCUGUUAUAAUCCAGUUUUGCUGGCAUUUCUUCACAAUAGCCGCGAGGGUCAUUACUUUUGCUCUGUUUGCCUCGGUUUUCCAGCUGUACUUUGGGAUCUUCAUUGUGCUUCACUGGUGCAUCAUGACCUUCUGGAUCGUCCACUGCGAGACAGAGUUUUGCAUCACUAAGUGGGAGGAGAUAGUGUUCGACAUGGUGGUGGGGAUAAUCUAUAUCUUUAGCUGGUUCAACGUCAAGGAAGGAAGGACACGCUGCAGGCUUUUCAUUUAUUAUUUUGUGAUCCUUUUGGAAAACACCGCCCUGAGCGCCCUGUGGUACCUGUACAAGGCCCCACCGAUCUCCGACGCGUUUGCCAUACCAGCACUGUGUGUCGUGUUCAGCAGCUUUCUAACGGGCAUUGUUUUUAUGCUGAUGUACUAUGCCUUCUUUCACCCCAACGGACCGCGGUUCGGGCAGUCACCAAGCUGCGCUUGUGAGGACCCUGCCGCCGCCUUCGCUCUGCCCCCUGAAGUGGCGACCAGCACGCUGAGGUCCAUCUCCAACAACCGGAGCGUCACGAGCGAGCGGGAUCAGAAAUUUGCGGAGAGGGACGGGUGCACGCCCGUGUUUCAGGUGAGACCCACUGCACCUUCCACACCUUCCUCCCGGCCACCAAGGAUUGAGGAGUCUGUCAUUAAAAUCGACCUGUUCAGGAACAGGUACCCAGCCUGGGAGAGACACGUGUUGGACAGGAGCCUGAGGAAGGCCAUCCUAGCAUUUGAAUGUUCCCCUGCUCCUCCACGGCUACAGUAUAAAGACGAUGCCCUUAUCCAGGAACGCUUGGAGUACGAGACCACAUUAUAA